AAGUGGAGUCAUUUUACUAAAUUUCUGUUCCGCCCCAAGCAAGGCCACUUUUAGAAAAAAUGAGAGGAAGACAAAUUUUGUGGCAGCAGGGCAAAAAUCUGGCUAAAGUGCUUAAUCACAAACACCACGUCAAUCGGACAGGAGAGCUCGAACCAGUUCCGAAGGGGUGACGUUCCGAAGGGGAAGAGGACAUCGUACCGCCGUAGCGGUAUCAUCGAACUGUUAUCGUAACUAAUAAGGUGUCGUCUCGGAGGAGGAACUGCAGCUAGCGACACCAACACAAAAGGCUAUGGAACUGAGGCGUGGGCUGCUGCCAUAGGAAAUGGGAUCGUCUCGUGGGAAGGUUCACUUCCACCGACGCGCUUGGAAAGCAUGGGUGCUACUACUGCAAAUGGCAUCAAUAUUCCUGGCUGCUACAGUUGAGGCGACACGGAACAAGGAUGGUUGCUUUGAUGCAUUUCAUAUGACAUGUGACAGGGAUGAUCCGAUGACAGGCUUGGUGGAAGACAUUCUAGAGAUUGAAGAGACUUGCUACUGGAUUGAAGACUACUUUUUCAACCGAUCGGUAUUCACCCAUCUCAUCCCGGCUCAUGUCGAUUUCUUCAACCAAUACACCCCCGAGGAUGCUGAGUGCCUACUGGUCCAAAAAGCCUUUCAUCACUGUGUUUUUUGCCAGCAGAAGAAUCAGUGGGAACGAGAUGCCUGUGCAAACUACGCUUAUGCACCCAUUUGUGGUGAUCAACCCACCCUGGAACAAGUCUUGGCAGACAAUGACAAAUACCCACAGUACAAGACCCCACAAGAUGUCAAUCAAACAUGUGUGAUCUUGAAAGCGCUCGAUGAACUAAAUUUUUCGCCAAGAACGUAUCAUGUCUGCCAGGAAUCACGCCUGGUCAGACAUCUCUGCCCGGGGGAAUGUCAAGGAGGCUGUUUUGAUGAGGAGCUGUAUGCCCCCUCCUGUCAUCAACCCCAAAACAGCUCACUCUUCAUGGAAGACUUUGAUCCGGCAAUCUGUGCAAUUAUCCAGACAGAGGCGUUUCGAACCUUGAACCGAUCUCAAGUCAUGGAUCCGGCCAACCAUUUGGAAUACCUACUAGGCUUUGAAGAACAAUCCCCUGAGUGCCUGCCAAUCCGAAAUGGCUACCAAUAUUGUCCUUGGUGUACCGGAGGUGACUUUUGUUUUCAAACAGAGGAAUCCUUCUCCUGUGAGCCUCCGCCAACACCACCACAACUGUCAUUCCGCCAAGAAGACGCCGAGGAAAUCUGCUAUAUGCUGUUUUGGAAUCUCAUUGAUUUCGACAAUCCGCGCAUAGUUUACGAUUUGGAGGCUCAUAAAGACCACCUGACGUAUAUGGAAAAAGACACUCGAUGCGAACUCGCCCGAAUGUACUACCAUCGAUGUGCCUGGUGCGAUGAAUUCGCCGUCCAAGCGGACUGUCUCCUGUCCAGCCCCUGUGAUACAAAUGCCACUGUACCGGAGGGGUACAACUCGACGACCAUGGCGGCAUAUGACGGACCAACGGAGGAAUUUUGUGAGAAUGUUAAUGGAUUGUUUGGGAUGGGGUUUAUCCAUGCUACCACGGAAUAUUGCUUAGAGUCCAUCUUUCUGGCCCGCAUGUGUCCAGAAACACUGUGCCCCCAGCCACCCAAACCUGCCGAACGCUCCAAGGAUUACCUAGGUACUACCAAUCAAGCACAACGAAAGGCACUGAUUUGGGCCUCUCGCACAUCGGCCAUGCUGGCCUUUGGUGGAGCAUCCUACGUUUUGUACGAUACCUUGUCGGACCCCAAGGCCAGAUCCACAGUGUUCCACAGCCUGCUGAUUGCAAUGGCUUCAUUUGAUAUUGUGACGGCCUCUGCAUGGUUUGCUGCUUCGGCCCCUAUUGACAAGGAACAAGCUGGACAUGUGGAAGGUGCCAUGGGAAAUCAGGCCACGUGCAAGGCCCAAGCUUUUUUUGUUCAACUGGGAAUUACCUCAAUCUUCUACAAUGCCUCCCUUUCUAUCUACUACUUUUUGAUCAUUGUAAAAGGCUGGAGAGAGUUCCAGCUCAAAAAGAUACAACUCUAUUUGCAUGCUGCACCAUUGGCUGUUGGAUUGGGGCUGGCCUUUGGAGCCAUUCCCAUUUAUCACUGGAUUGAGUAUGGGUGCCACAUACUACCACCACCCGAAGGCAAACUCUGGCAUGUCUUGUUGUUUGUGGUCAUACCGGUUGCUCUGUCUAUCCUGGCCAUUACAGGAUUCAUGCUGUUGGUGUAUUGCAAAGUCCGACAACAAUCCGCUACAUCAAGGAGGUGGACCAUGGGGGUGGGUCAGGCGAGCAAAAUGGAACAAGCUGUCUUUUGGCAAUGCUUUCUUUUCAUGCUGGCGUUCUAUAUCACCUGGCCCAUCACAUUCAGUGUGUAUCUGGGAGACAUAGACGACAAGCUCGACAACUUUGGGCUGUCUUUGACAGUUGCCUUUGUGGCACCUCUUCAAGGGUUCAACAACUUUUUGGUUUAUAUUCGCCCCAAACUGGCAAACAGGCAACGAAGCACUGCCGAGGUGUCCUCCAUGGGCUACCUUGCACGGAUUUGGACGAAGGUGACAUCGAUAGUUUCCUCCAAGUCCCAUUCAUCGAGUGCUUAUGGCAGUAUGGAUCCUUCUGCUGCAAUUGCUUUGCAGCGGGACGCUGACAUUAGCAGCCUUCAGGCACAAACAAAUACUGAAUUGCCUAUCAUUGACGAGUCAGUCAACAGCAAGGGAGGAAGUAAGAUCGUGGCAUCCAUAUCGCACAGCUCCAACCAGUCAGCAGGCAUUGAGGACUUGUCGGACCAGCAAUAUUGCAAUAAGGAUUCCUUUGUGAAUGAGCAUCAAACAUCAGGAGAUGUGCUGGAACAAAACCCACUUGGUGUACCGGUGGCACCCGCAGCAUCGGACACAGCUAGCAAUGAAGAAUCGAAGGAAUCCACUCCACUCAAUCGUGUAAUGGAGGAAUCACUACAAAAUGGCCUUCCUGUGGACAGCCAAGAGCAAGUUGACCAAGUGUCUAUUGCAUCAUAUCCUUUGUUCGAAAUGCCUGAGCGAAAGGAUUGGAGUCAGUACCUACUCCAGGGAAAUAUUCAAAAUUCCUGAGCACUCGAUCGAAGGUGGUGGAUAUGGAGUCAAGCAUCGACCUACGGAGCCAGCUUUGUCAUAUCUUCCCAGCCCUACCAAGGGAAACCAGAACUGUCUGCUCUGAAUGAUUUAAUUAAUCAUUCCAUCAUGAAGAAAUGGCGGAAACUUCGUGGACCGGAAUGACUGGAUGAGAUGACCAUCACUUGUGAAACGUCCAGCCAUGGAUGUGUGCACCCGCUCUCGUAAAAGAGAAGCUUCAAUAGUAGAACUUGAGGUGACUGAAAGGCCCCUUGCAAUGAGAGUAUGCACGAUGGGGACACCGGCGACGAUUGAUCAUUCGAUUUGAUGGUUCAAAGCAUCUCUUUUUCGGCACAGAUCGGUGUUCGGACAUGCUUGGAGACGGUGUCGACUAGAUUGGUUCCAUCUCUGUUGUUAGAUUGAUCAUUCGAUUCCUUGGCCAAAGCCACAUCAUAAGGACUACAGCGCUGUGUUGCCCAGGGUAGGAAAUGCCUUGUUGCUUGCGUUCUGUCUGAACAACGGGUAAUCCUUCUCGAUCGUUGUCAAUGCCAUCUCACUAGCUAGCUAUAGCUAGUAGUUAAAUACCGUACAUUUAGUUUUAAUAAUACCAUUCUACAAAUCGGGCAUACCCAGA